CUUAGAUUCGAGUGCGGCUUAGAUUUGAGUAAAUACGGUAUAGGCCGCUUUAAGUGAUGAAGCUUGAAUGUUCAUCCUUUUGAAUGCAGGAGGUUUGUGAGUUCCUGCAUUCAGGACCGCAUACUUGUUUUUCAGUAGACACUGCACAAAAAAGGCGGUAGCAAAUCAUAUUUCUUCUCCAUAUUGAUGAUUUGAAAAUUCCAACUGUCUUUGACAUCAUUUGAAGGGCUGGCGGGAUAAAAGGGAUAAGUCUAUCAAUUCUUUAAACGAAUGUUUUUAUGCCCAACUAUACAUUGAACCAAUGGCUUUCGAAUGGUGUUGUUGGUUGCGGGAUAAAUGGCACCGGUCCUUCUAAAAUUAAAAAAAAACAAGAAUACUCUAUUCGGGGAUAAAGGAAAUCAGCCCAUUCCGUUUGAUCAAUAAAAGGGUUCAGUCCAAAGAUUCAUGGGAAUUGAGUGAAGACUGGGCUCAGUCUCAGCACUUGUUGCGCUGUGAACCAUGACUCAAAGGCACAUUUAGACUUGUUUCUAGAUUAGCCCACAGUAUUGUCCUCAGUCUCGCAACAAGACAUGAGUGAAUAAGAAGCUCCGAUAGUUAGUGUACAAUAGUGUGUGUUCAUUGCAGUUCGUGCUGCUAAACUGAGGCAAGUGGAGUUUAAUGCACAAAGUUUGUGGCUCUUAGUUUGUUUUUAGUGCAUCACAGUUCAGUGCUAAAACAGUUGACAAGUCUGCAGGAUUCACAAACAGUGGAUUCACAAACAGUGGAGAAUGAUGCUGAUGAGUUUCUAAGAAGUUCAGGGAUGAAAAAAAGAAAAGUGAGUGGUAGAAUGUCAGAUGUAAGGAAAAAAAUCAAUCUAAUGACUCAUGUUCUUGGCCAAAAUUGUGAAUGUCGACUUUGAUGUUUUUAAGUGGUACCAAAUUUAGUAAAACAUUCGAUACUUCGACAGUUUAAUCUCAUGGAAAGUAAAGAUGAGCAAGACACUUAACAUUAGCGGCUUGAUGUCUGUUCUUCCUGUACAGCAUCGACGUAAUCGGAAACCAGCCUCUAGCAGCAGAGGCUAGAACUAAUUCGGCCACUUUUAAAUACAGAGUCUGUGGUGAAAGGCUUUUUGUUCUUUUCAUGGAAUAGGGCGAAAAAAGAGUAGAACGUUUGUGCACUGAUCUGGCAGCUACUGGAUUUUGUGCAAAAAGCAAACAAGGACAGCAUGAUGUUAGGCCUCAAAAGAUUAAGGAUGAUGAUGUAAAUUUAAUCAGAAACCACAUUAAAUCAUUUCCUUCCAGGAACAAUCAUUAUGGUUUGAAAAAUUCCAAACAAACUUACCUGCAUCAAGAUUUGAAUGUAAAAAGAAUGUUUAAUUGUUUAAGGAACAAAAUCAAGGAGCAAAGGUGCUCUACCACUACUACAGAAAUAUCUUUUUAACAGAAUUCAAUAUCAGCUUUGGUUAUCCACGAAUAGACACUUGUUCUACUUGUGACGAAUUUAAUUCGAAAGUUAAAGGUUUUGAGACUGAAAGAAAGAACUGCACAAAUAUGGACAAAAGAAAAGAAAUAGAAAACGAAUUACAUCGAUUAACGACAUCAAACACACUUCACAAAAGAAAGGCUCAAACUUUUUACAAUAGAAAAAGUGCAGCAGGUCAUGAUAGUUGGACUUCUGUAGCAAAAGAAGGCAUUUGCUUUGAUUAUGGAAGAAAUUUACCAAUCCCAAAUGUGUCGACUAAUGAUGUCUAUUAUAAACAACAGCUGUCUUUGCAUGUUGUCAAUAUCACAGUUUUAUCAUCAGAGACUGUGGGAAAACGAGGAAGCAAUGACGUGUGCUCCCUUCUACGCGGCUUCUUUUAUAAUCACAUUCCACUAGAAGUCAAGGAAAUACACUUCUUUUGUGACGCAUGUGGCGGCCAAAAUAAGUAUACCAAAAUUACUCUCACUUAUCCAGUACAUGGCCACAGCUACUUAGACUGUGACAGACAAAUGGCUUCAUUAAACCCAAAAGCUUGGCUUGAGACACCUGAAGCUUGGAAGGAACACUUUGAAGCAGCUUGGCGAAAACCUUCACCCUUUGUAGUUCAACUUAUAACAGAAAAUGAACAAAACAGUGAUCAGAUUGUUGGGCAAAACAUUUUUUGGAAAUGGACAGAACACCUAACUCCACUCUAUGCAAAGAGGAAUUUUCCAAUUCGGCCAAUACGAGAGGUAAGGACCGACAGCACCACUGAAGACAUUCUUUACCAGACCAAGUACAACAGAGUGUGGGAAAGAGCAGUCAUUGUGAAAAGGAACAAUCAGCCACCACAAAAUGAAGAAUUCAUUCUACGAGGCCUCUGCUAUGAUGGGCCCAUUCUGAUAAGUGCAGCAAAAUAUAAAGACCACAGAGUGUGGACAAAUUCUGUGAACCUAAAGCUAGGAUCUUCUUUGAAAACCUUCAACACAAUUAAGCAGGAAGACAACACUCUCUGAUCAUAGUUUGUAUAACUACUUAACUU